UCAGAAGCGCCCAAAACACCCACCACAACGGACGGUGCGGCUCCAUGUUGGAUAUGUCUUUUCUUGGGAAAACAUAGCACAGGAAGUCUACCUGCGCAUAUUGUCCAAUACACGGAGGAAAAGUCGACUCUGCUCCGCGAGCUCAGGUUAAAGACGCACCUGAGAAGCAGAUGGAAAACUGGCACGCGGGGUGAGGAAAUAACUGGACUGAGAUAAAGCCACGCGGACACGAUGUUCACACUCACUGAGAUCGCGUCCUUGAACGACAUCCAGCCAACGUACCGCAUCUUAAAGCCAUGGUGGGACGUCUUCAUGGACUACCUUGGGUUGGUCAUGCUCAUGCUGGCUGUUUUUGCGAUGACCAUGCAGAUCACCAAGGACCAGGUGGCUUGCCUUCCCUGUGUGGAGGAGGAACACUGCCCCAAGCAGAACAUGGCGAAUGCAACCUCUGGUUCCUGUACUGCCAUCACUACCCCAUUGCCCACCAAGGACCAGCCAAACAAAGUUGACAAAGAGAUCCACACAACACACCAACAGACUGCUCUUGCGACAGAACAGUUUGCCAGUCAAGCUCAACCAACUGGUGUUAAAACCAAUCUGGACUUUCAACAGUAUGUCUUUAUUAAUCAGAUAUGUUACCACGUUGCCUUGCCCUGGUAUUCCAAGUACUUUCCAUACCUCACCCUCAUCCACACCAUUAUUCUCAUGGUCAGUAGCAAUUUCUGGUUCAAAUAUCCCAAAACAAGCUCAAAGAUUGAGCAUUUUGUUUCUAUUCUGGGAAGAUGUUUUGAGUCUCCUUGGACUACAAAGGCUUUGUCUGAAACCGCCUGUGAGCACUCAGAGGAGAACAAACAGAGGUUGCCCGUCACCUCCUCAGUACCCUAUCAGGUGUCUUUAGAGGGGAAGGAUGAAGACUCAAAUGCCAACCAGUCCACGCCUAUCCUGGGAGAUUUUAGGUUUUCUGCAGACAAACCCAUUUCGGAGGUGCCGAGCAGUAUGACAAUCUUGGACAAAAAAGACGGGGAGCAAGCCAAAGCCCUGUUUGAGAAGGUGAGGAAGUUCAGAGCCCAUGUGGAGGACAGUGAUUUCAUUUACAAGCUCUAUGUAGCACAGACAAUGGUCAAAACUGUUAAGUUUAUGUUGAUAUUGACCUACACGUCAACCUUUUUGUCUAAAAUAAAUUUCUGUCAUAUUUGUGAACCUGAUAUGAAAAAGCUAACUGGAUAUGAAAAAUUCUUAUGUACGCACAACAUGGCUUUCAUGCUAAACAAGCUUCUCAUUUCCUAUAUGGCAUUGAUUUUGAUCUAUGGGCUCACAUGCCUCUACUCGCUCUUUUGGGUGUUUCGACGACCUCUGAAAGAGUACUCGUUCGAGAAGGUCAGGGAAGAGAGCAGCUUCAGUGACAUUCCUGAUGUGAAGAAUGACUUUGCAUUCCUCUUACACAUGGUUGACCAGUACGAUCAGCUGUACUCCAAGCGCUUUGGUGUUUUUUUGUCUGAGGUCAGUGAGAACAAGCUGAGGGAGAUCAGCCUCAACCAUGAAUGGACCUUUGAAAAACUGAGGCAACUCGUCACACGCAACCCCCAAGACCAGCAGGAGCUGCACCUCUUCAUGCUUUCUGGACUCCCGAACGCAGUGUUUGACCUCACAGACUUGGAAGUGCUUAAACUGGAGCUGAUUCCUGAGGUGAGGUUUUCCGCGAAGGUUUCCCAAAUGACCAGCUUGCAAGAGUUGCAUCUGUGCCACUGUCCGGCCAAAGUAGAGCAGACUGCUUUUGCGUUCCUCCGGGAUCAUCUCCGCUGCCUUCAUGUCAAGUUCACAGAUGUAGCUGAGAUCCCACCUUGGGUCUAUUUGCUGAGAAGUCUAAGGGAACUCAACCUGAUUGGUAACUUGAGCUCGGACAACAACAAAAUGAUUGGCCUGGAGUCCAUGCGAGAUUUGAGACAUUUGAAGAUGUUAUGCCUGAAGAGUAACCUCACAAAAAUGCCUACAAACAUCACAGAGCUUUCGCCUCAUUUGAUUCGGUUAAUCAUCCACAAUGAUGGUACAAAACUACUGGUUAUGAACAGUCUGAAAAAAAUGACCAACCUCAUUGAACUGGAGCUUCACUGCUGUGAACUGGAGAGGAUCCCCCACGCUAUUUUCAGCUUGAUCAACUUACAAGAACUUGACUUGAAAUCUAACAACAUCAGAACCAUAGAGGAGAUCAUCAGCUUUCAGCACCUCAGGAGGCUGGCAUGCCUUAAACUGUGGCACAACAAAAUCAUCACUAUCCCAUCAUCCAUUGGCCAGGUCAAGUCUUUAGAGUCCCUCCACCUCUCUCAUAACAAACUGGAGUCUCUGCCUAUAGCCUUGUUCGCUCUUCCCAAACUGCGACACUUGGAUGUGAGCCAUAACUCCAUCACGGUGCUUCCACCAGAUGUGGGUCUUCUCCACAACCUCCAGCAUUUAGCCAUCAAUUCGAACAAACUGGAAUCACUGCCCAAGCCUCUAUUCAGAAACACCAAGCUGAAGGUGCUUUGUCUGGGGCAUAACGCGCUCACAACACUGCCGGAGACGGUGGGUCAGCUGGUCCAGCUCACUCAGCUGGAGCUUAGAGGGAACUGUUUGGACAGGCUACCCGCCCAGUUAGGUCACUGCCGCAUGCUGCGCAAACAUGGUCUCAUUGUGGAGGACCAUCUUUUUGACACGCUGCCUGUGGAAGUAAAGGAGAGCAUCAGCCGAGAAACAAACGUGUCCUUUACAAGUGGCUUAUAGCACAACAACCAAACUGGCAGUAAGUGACUGAGGAGACGUUUCCAUACACAACUAAUGCAUUAACUUGAUUAUUUUAAUGUUAUUGUAGUUGCUUGUGUUUUAGGGUGCAUUCACACUGGGAUAGUCCAGGGGACUAGAUUGGGUGGGGAAUUCUUAAAAAUCUUUGGUUUUGGUUUCCUUCCACACUUUACUCAAGCAGACCAAACUGCCUAGAUGCAGUUAGAAUAACCAUUUGCUAGAGGGUGAUAUUCCUUGAAAUGACUACUGACCAAGAGGAAAGAAGAAAUCGGGUUCGUUGAUUGGCCAGGAUCGAAAAGUCUUGUUCAAUGCAAUAAAACAAUAAAUUUA